GGAUUGACAUAGAGGAAGUGAAACAUUCACCACUGACUGGGAACCUCCACAAGGCGUGGGCAAAGCGAGUUUGUAGCAGUUUGAUCGCUUUUUAACAACAGUCCGUCAACCGUUUUAACUAGGCUAACGAUGGACAGAUUUUAACCCGUCCGAUGUGGAGGACAGCAGGGCAACGGCUGUCCGGCUAACGUUAAACCCGCUAGCAGACAGUCUUCAUGCUCUUACAAACGCCACUGAAACACAACAGCAGAGAGAAACACACAAACACACACCCGACGUCAUGAACGAUGAUGUGAUGCUAAAUGUACCGGUCAUCCGGCAGCUCUACCACUGGGAUUGUGGCCUGGCCUGUUCGAGAAUGGUAUUAGAGUAUUUAAAUCCAGUGAGCGAAGAGGAAUUUCAGAGAGCAUGUAUGGACUUGGAGUUCACAGAGAGCGUGUGGACUAUUGACCUGGCUUAUCUGAUGUGUAAACUGGGGGUCAGACACUGCUUCUGCACACAGACGCUCGGCGUGGACAAGGGCUUCAGGAACCAGUCCUUCUACAAAAAGCAUUUCGACACAGAGGAGGACAGGGUGAAUGAACUCUUUCUGAAGGCUGAAAGCAAAGGAGUCCUGGUGAAAAAAUGCUCUGUUACCGUUCAGGAGAUUCAGAGUCACCUGGAGCAGGGUCAUGUGGCCAUCGUGCUGGUCAACGCAGUGCUGUUGGUGUGUGAACUCUGCUCCACGCCUGUCAAAUAUUGCUGUUUCCUGCCCGUGGGACAGAAGUGUUUUUGCAGGAAGCCAGAUUACCAGGGCCACUUUGUCGUGGUGUGUGGAUUCAACCGAAAAACCAGCAGCAUCUUCUACAACAAUCCCGCCUACUCUGACCGUGUGUGCUGUACAAGCUUCAGCAAUUUUGAGGAGGCCCGGAGGAGCUACGGCACAGACGAAGACAUUUUGUUCAUCUACAAAGACGGUUGACUACAAAGAGCCUGCUUCUGAGCGAACGCGCACAUUCAAACACCUUUUGCAUCCACUGUGGUUGGCUGGUUAGCAUUUUUGCCAACAGGUACCAGUGCUGCUGGCCAAUAGCAGGUAGUAUGUGUCACCUCUGGCUAUGCUCCUCAUUAGAGCUAUAGCAUCGCACAAAAGCAUUACUAUGGUGCUACAUCGGCCACAGAAUGAAAUAACCACACAGAAACAAAAGGAAAGGGAGUUGCUUUGUGUAUGUAAUUCAUAAUUAUUGUCAUGUGGAUUUUCAUAAUCUAGUUCAUGAUUUAUAAUAGUCUCUACCACUGUAGGAGGUGGAGAAUGAGUGUACAUUGUUUUUUCAUGUCAAGAUUGACUUUUUUUGUGGGUGUAUUUGUUCAGGAUUACCUUGCUGAAUGAUGGGGGUUGUUAUGAUUUAUUUUUUAUUUGACUUUUCCUCUUGGAAGCCACUUAAUUGAAAACAGAAUGAUUUUAAUUCAUAAAAGAGAGGGAAGCUGUUUUUAUAAACUCAGGUAAGAUUUGAUCAAUUGCUAGACCUAUCAUGGAUGCAAUAGGUGUGGAUUCGCUUUUCCAGGGGUUUCCUUUAAAAACAUAAUCCCCUGGACGUCCUUCAUAACCUCAUGCCGAGUAGCAGAAGAGAGAGUCAUUCUGCUUUGUGCUCCAAAUGUGAACCUUGACCCUUAAGUACGUUUUAAAUUCGCUCACACAGCACUAGUGCAGUAUUACACCUUUGAGUAAAUCACGAUAUUACGAGUUCUCUAGAGUGUUGCCAUAAUUAGUGAAUUCCUCCAGGAGAAAACAGGAACACUACGUUUAGAGGUUUACCGUCAGGUGUUUUGUGGAGUCGUGCACCGCUUGAAAUGGUCUGAACAGCGUUAUGAAGCCUUUGCUGGCUUGUAAACACACUACACGUCGGCUCAGUGGUCCAGUCGUUGAUGGUUGGUGACAAAAUGGCCGAUUGAUUGAAAUGCUUGCACUAUGGUGAUCCACCAGCCAUAAUUAUGUUAUUUAAUCUUUGAUCAUUCAGGUUCAAAUGUUACUUUCUUGUUUUUUGUUUGUUUCGAUUUUUAAGACAUUGCAUCAGGUGUCCCAUUACAUCAGCUUUUGUGUUUUUUUUUUUUUUUUUU